AUGGGAAACAACGGCUCCGCUCUGGAGGAUCUGACCGCUUGUGAGAGUCACCAGUGGUACCGUAAAUUCAUGACCGAGUGCCCAUCUGGACUUCUUUCUUUUUACGAGUUCAAGAAGUUUUUUGGGCUGAGGAAUCUGUCGGAGACGUCCAAUUCCUACGUGGAGUCUAUGUUCACGACCUUCGACCUGAAUGAUGACGGUUUCAUAGAUUUCAUGGAGUACGUCGCUGCUCUCAGCCUAGUUCUGAAGGGGGGGGUGCAUCAGAAACUGCGCUGGUACUUCAAACUAUACGACCUAGACGGCAGUGGCUGCAUUGACCGUGACGAGCUACUCCUCAUCAUCAAGUCCAUUCAUGCAAUCAAUGGAGUUCCUGAUCACACUAAAGCACAGGAGUUUGCUGACUUGGUGUUUGACAGGAUAGACAUCAAUGGAGAUGGUGAACUGUCCUAUGAAGAGUUCAUGUGUGGUCUUCAAGAAGACGAGAUGCUACUGAAGACUCUCACACAGAGUUUGGACCUGUCCCAUAUUGUUCGGAAAAUCCAAGGGGAGCUGACCGACUGCGGGAACUAACGGGACUCUCGAAAUGACGAUCACUUCACCAACGACUUCACGUGAGCGUUUGGAAUCAGUUUUGCCGAUGGCGCCGACUCAGGCGCUGCUGCGAUGCACCGAUGUCGCUCGCGUGAGAAGAAAUGCUCCAUGGGAGAUGCGCUUGUCGCCGCCGAAAGACUGAACAGACGGACAUGUGCAUUCAGGAGUUUAGAGAAGGUCAGGAUGGGAUUCCAGUGGACUCGAACAUGCGACAUAUUGUGGCGAGUGUUCUUUUUUUAACGCUUAUCUUUGUAGCAGGUCUCAUAAAUAAACCCAAAUUAAAUAUAAUAAAGUUGCAAUUUUAGAAACAAAUGCAGUCUCAAGAAAAGCACAA